AGCCAGUGACAGUCAUCUGUCUGGACGCGCUGGGUGGAUGCGGGGGGCUCCUGGGAACUGGGUUGGAGCCGAGCGAGCGCUAGCUGGGCGCAAGCGCUCACAGACUGCAGCCGCCCUAGGACCCCCCCCACCCCCACAGCCCACCCGGAGACCCCAGCGCAGAAUCGCCUCCGGAUCCCCGGCAGUCGACCGGAGGUAAGGAGCGGGGCUUGCAAACCGCCUGGCGCCCGGGGAGCGGCGAGCGCCGCAGCAAGACAAGCCCUGGACGGGAUCGCGGCUCGCGCACCAGGCGUCCGAAUGUGCCCGGGGGACUGUUUAUGCUUCCGAAACAAAACCAUCUCGGGGUUUUCCCUGAAAAGCCAGUUCAGCCCGAUAGGCACCCGGGCUGGAGGAGACCCGCCCUAAUCCUUUUACAGCCUUUGCAAGGAAAGAGUAAUGGCUUCAGCGAAAAGAAAUUCGCCCUGCUCUAGAAGAUUUGUCUAUGUUUGAGCUGACGAGGAGCCGCGUUGGAGAUUGGCGCGGGCCCCCGCCCUUCGCAUACCCCACGGGAAGGAAGCACCCCCGGUAUUAAAAAGAGCAGAGCGGAAAGAAGCGCUUAGUCGCCGGCGAGGAGGCGAGCCAAUGCCGAGCUGCACCGCGUCCACCAUGCCGGGGAUGAUCUGCAAGAACCCAGACCUCGAGUUUGACUCGCUGCAGCCUUGCUUCUACCCGGACGAAGAUGACUUCUACUUCGGCGGCCCCGACUCGACCCCCCCGGGGGAGGACAUCUGGAAGAAGUUUGAGCUGCUGCCUACGCCCCCCCUGUCGCCCAGCCGUGCGUUCUCGGAGCAGAGUCCGGAGCCCUCCGACUGGGCCACGGAAAUGCUGCUGCCCGAGGCCGACCUGUGGGGCAACCCCGCCGAGGAGGACGCAUUCGGCCUGGGGGGAUUGGGCGGCCUCACCCCCAACCCGGUCAUCCUCCAGGACUGCAUGUGGAGCGGCUUCUCCGCUCGGGAGAAGCUGGAGCGCGCGGUGAGCGAGAAGCUGCAGCACGGCCGCGGGCCGCCGGCCGCGGGUCCCGCCACCCCGGGAGCGGGAGCUGCCAACCCUGCGGGCCGCGGGCACGGCGGGACGGCCGGAGCCGGUCGCGCCGGAGCUGCCUUACCCGCGGAGCUUGCCCACCCGGCCGCCGAGUGCGUGGAUCCCGCCGUCGUCUUCCCCUUCCCGGUGAACAAACGGGAUCCAGCGCCUGUGCCGGUCGCCCCGGCUGGUUCCCCUGCCGUGGGCGCUGCGGUUGCUGGAGCAGCAGCCCCAGCCAGUGCCGCGGUGGCCGCCCCUCCGCGCUUAGGCGGCCGCCCUGCCAACGGCGGUGACCACAAGGCCCUCAGUACCUCCGGAGAGGACACCCUGAGCGACUCAGAUGACGAGGAGGAUGAGGAGGAAGAUGAAGAAGAGGAAAUCGACGUGGUCACUGUGGAGAAACGCCGUUCCUCCUCCAACAGCAAGGCUGUCACCACGUUCACCAUCACCGUGCGCCCCAAGAACGCAGCCCUGGGCCUGGGGAGGGCUCAGUCCAGUGAGCUGAUCCUCAAACGCUGUGUCCCCAUCCACCAGCAGCACAACUAUGCCGCACCCUCUCCCUAUGUGGAGAGUGAGGAUGCGCCACCCCAGAAGAAGAUCAAGAGUGAGGUGUCCCCCCGUCCCCUCAAGAGCGUCAUCCCACCAAAGGCCAAGAGCUUGAGCCCUCGAAACUCAGACUCCGAGGACAGCGAGCGUCGCCGCAACCACAACAUCCUAGAGCGCCAGCGCCGCAACGACCUGAGAUCCAGCUUCCUCACGCUCAGGGACCACGUGCCGGAGCUGGUCAAGAAUGAGAAGGCCGCCAAGGUGGUCAUUUUGAAAAAAGCCACCGAGUAUGUCCACUCCCUCCAGGCCGAGGAGCACCAGCUUCUGCUGGAAAAGGAGAAAUUGCAGGCAAGACAGCAGCAGUUGCUAAAGAAAAUCGAACUCGCUCGGACUUGCUAAACCUUUCUCAAAUGGACAGUCACUGCCACUUUGCACAUUUUGAUUUUUUUUUUUUUUUAAACAAACAUUGUGUUGACAUUAAGAAUGUUGGUUUACUUUCAAAUCGGUCCCCUGUCAUUUGGAUCUGGGUGGGGGGCAGGACAUGUGGGGGUUCUACCAGGACCUCGGAGAGCCCACAUGAUGGGGUGCUGGGUGGCUUUGCAGUUUCCUGCACCUCACUUCUGUGACAGCCGUGGAAGUUCAUGACAGUUGGGAGCCUCUGGGGCUGUGGAAGUCACCUUGUUCGUUCCAAGUUUUCAAACAACUGAGUCAUUCCUUCUUUUUACAAUGGUGCUUAAGUUCCAGCAGAUGCCAUGUAAGGGGGUUGCCAUUUGAUGCCCCUGGGGAACAUUUCUGUAAAUACCAUUGACACACCCGCCUUUUGUAUACGUCCUGGGUAAUGAGAGGUGGCUUUUGCGGCCAGUAUUAGACUGGAAGUUCACACCUAAGUACUGUAAUAAUACCUCAAUGUUUGAGGAGCAUGUUUUGUAUACAAAUAUAUUGUUAAUCUCUGUUAUGUACUGUACUAAUUCUUACACUGCCUGUAUACUUUAGUAUAAUGCUGAUACAUAACUAAAUUUGAUACUUAUAUUUUCGUAUGAAAAUGAGUUGUGAAAGUUUUGAGUAGAUAUUACUUUAUCACUUUUUGAACUAAGAAACUUUUGUAAAGAAAUUUACUAUAUAUAUAUGCCUUUUCCUAGCCUGUUUCUUCCUGUUAAUGUAUUUGUUCAUGUUUGGUGCAUAGAACUGGGUAAAUGCAAAGUUCUGUGUUUAAUUUCUUCAAAAUGUAUAUAUUUAGUGCUGCAUCUUAUAGCACUUUGAAAUACCUCAUGUUUAUGAAAAUAAAUAGCAAUUAAAUGAU